UAAACAAAGAGAAGCAGGUCCGCAUUCACUCAACCCUCCCUGCACUUUAAAAGCACUUCAUCAUCUGAUUUUUCGUGUCUUUUUUUUUUCCCUCUAAAAACUCAAAAGCCCAAAACAAGACUACCCCACCACCCACCGCUGAACCCUUUGGCCUUUUGGCUUCAUUUCAGCAAAGAUGAAUAUUUCUUCUCCUCCUCCUGUUACUGCUACACCUAGACUGUCUCUAACAGAUCAGCAACAUCUCAUAGACAAACUUGAAGUUUUUAAGAUUCAAGGUCGAGACAAACAUGGUCAAAAGGUUCUCCGCAUCGUCGGAAAGUUUUUUCCGGCUCGAAGCGUGAGCAACGAGGCUGUGAACAACUACUUGGAGGAGAAAAUAUUCCCAAAUUUAGGGGAAAGGCCCUUCUCAGUGGUGUAUUUGCACACGGAUGUGAAUCGCAGCGGCAACUUCCCUGGAAUUUCGACCUUACGAUCAAUCUACGACGCUAUUCCGAUCACCCUCAAGGACCGUCUCCAAGCCGUUUACUUUGUCCACCCGGGUUUACAGGCCAGACUCUUCCUCGCCACCUUUGGUCGUCUCCUCUUCAAGUCAGGGUUGUGCAAGAAGCUAAAGUAUGUGAAGAGGCUGGAAUUUUUGUGGGACCAGGUGCGGAGGAAUGAGGUGGAGGUUCCGGAGUUUGUGUACGAUCACGAUGAGGAGCUGGAGUACCGUCCGAUGAUGGAGUAUGGGUUAGAGAGUGAUCAUCCGAGACCGAGGGUCUACGUUGCACCUUGUACGUCUUCUACGUCCAUGAUGGACUCUCCCUUUGUUUCCAUGUACUCCAUGCGUUGUAUCGCAUAGCACUUAUUUGAGAUGGUUCAGCAUACAAGAAAUCAAACUCUUUUAGUUUGCUUUUCCUUUUGUUGAGAUGGUUAAUUUCAAAUUGUACAAAGACUAGUUAGUCAGUCCCCUGAUUA